AUGGAGAGGUGUUAUGACACUAUGGGUUGCAGUAGUACUAGGAUGGUAAUGUUGGCAGGAAAUCAGCUUAAGGGAGUUGCUCGUGAGUGGUAUAUCUCUAAGAAGAAUGGGCAACCUGAAAGUUUUAUCCUCUGGCCUGAAUUUCACUCUCUCUUCUUGGAGCGAUUUCUCCCUCCUAGUGUUCAAGAGGCUAAGGAGAAGAAGGCUCGCAGGUUUGAAAGGGGCUUACGAGAUAGGCUAAUUGAUCGAGUAGCUCCUUUACGACUACCUAAAUAUGAGGAGGUGGUUGAUCGGGCUAGACAGAUAGAGAUGUAUGAUGAUGAACGUUGGGCUCAUGAGCAGCGUAAACGGAUUAAGAAAGAUAGUCAAGGAAUCAAUUUAACAGAGGACAAAGUCAUCAGGGUUCUUAUCAGGAAAAUAAGCAGGGUUCUCAGUCUACAGUUGGCAAUAGGGCACAUCAAUCUGGAGUUGGUCAGGGACGUGAGCAGAGGACACAUGCAGGGAAUGCUCGGUAUAACCAGAUUAGCACUGAGCCUAUUACCACUCUUUGUCAGCAUUGUGGUUCAACCAGUUUCACAAUAUAGUGGUAGAAGUCAAGGUUUUGGUGGUCAUGGUCAGGGUGGUAGAGGUUCUGGUGGUAGAGGAUUUGCUCAAACUCAGGGACAGACAUCUGGUGGUAGAGGUCAAGCUAGAGUUUUUGCUUUGACUCAGCAGGAUGCUCAGGCAUCUAAUGCAGUAGUGACAGUGAUGGGAACAUCAGCCACCAGUGUUGUUGAAAUUCUUGCCAUUCUCAUUCUGCUUCAAAGCGUUUUCUUCUGCUGCAAUGGGGCUAAUUUCAAUGGAAGCUGUAUCAAGAUUGAAAGAGAAGCUCUCGUCAAGCUCAAUGCAAGCCUCGACAUCAACAAUUCAUACCCGUUGCUUUCAUGGGUUGGAGAUGACUGCUGCAGAUGGGAAGGAGUCACGUGCGAGAACAUAACCGGUCAUAUAGUUAAGCUCCGCCUUGUCCUGGCCUCAUUCCAGAGAAAGGUUUCCCUUCAUCUUGGAAACCUUUCAAACUUGCUGUAUCUUGAUCUCUAUGGUAAGGAUUAUCAAAUGGAAAUCGACAGCCUCCAUUUUGCAUCUUCUCUGAAAUACUUACACAUGGAGGGUGUGCUCCUGGGCAAGUGUGACAAUUGCUUGCAGUCAAUAAACAUGCUUCCUUCUCUACUAGAAUUACAUUUGUCUGAUUGUCCGCUUUCCAUCACUGGUCAUGUUUCGCAUGUCAAUCUUACAUCUCUUGAGGUUCUGUGCAUUGCGGGGAACACCAUCAAUUCCACAAUCCCCAGCUGGUUAUUUAAUAUUAGCAACCUUCAACAUCUCGAUCUGAGUUAUAGUGCUUUCCGAGGCUUUCUUUCAACUGAGAUCGGUAAUCUUAAUUCUCUUACUUUCCUUGAUCUGUCUCAUAAUUCUCUGGAAGGUAACGUACCCAAAACGUUGAACAAGCUUUGCAAUUUGAGUAGGCUACACUUGGAAUGGAACAAGUUCAGCGGGGAGAUUUCUGGACCUUUUGGCAACUCAUCCAGUUGCAUAAAGAAAAGUUUAGAGAAUAUAUAUCUUUUCAAUAACUUGUUUUCUGGUAGUCUUCCAAAUAACCUGGGACAAUUUAAAUGCCUAAAAUUUCUUCAACUUUCUCUCAACUCUUUCUGGGGUCCAAUUCCCGUAUCAAUUGGACAGCUGUACAACCUAGAAAUACUAGAUCUCAGUCAGAAUUCAUUGCACGGAAAAGUUUCUGAACUUCACUUGUCAAAACUCAAGCGCUUGAGUAAGUUGAUUAUGAGUGGGAAUUCUUUAGUUUUUGAUAUUGAUGUCAAAUGGGUACCUCUUUUCCAACUUACCUGGAUUGAGUUAUCAUCUUGCAAAUUAGGGCCUCGGUUUCCACAAUGGCUCAAAACGCAAAGGAGCAUUAGAUAUUUACUAAUGUCUAAUGCAAGCAUCUCAGAUAGCCUCCAUGGCUGGUUUGAAAACAUUUCUUCCAAUACCGUACAAUUGGAUCUAUCUUAUAAUCAGGUUUUCGGAACCUUGCCAAAUUUGAGAAAAUUCAACCAAUCUGCUGUUAUUGUUGAUUAUUAUAGGUACAUAUCAUUGAAAUCUAACAAGUUUGAGGGUUCUUUAGCUCAUUUUCAUUCUGAUGCAAGCAUAUUGGAUAUCUCCAACAACUUUCUCUACGGCCAAAUUCCCCAGAACAUCAGCGAAAUGAUGCCAAGAUUGCACCUUUUAUCCCUCUCCAACAACUAUUUGAAUGGUACCAUUCCAGCUUCUUUAUGCAGAAUUGAAUCUUUAGAUAUUCUUCAUCUUUCGAAAAAUCAUCUGUCAGGACGAAUACCUUCAUGUUUGAGAAAUUUGCAAAAUUUAAGGGUGAUUGAUCUGUCAAAUAAUAUGCUGAGUGGUCAUAUUCCCAUGUCCUUGGGCUCGCAACAAUCUCUUGUUUCCCUGCAUCUACAAAAAAAUAAUUUGCAAGGAAAGAUUCCAGAGUCAUUAAGGAAUCUAGAAACUUUGGAGACUCUUGAUCUUAGCAUGAAUGCUUUUCAUGGUUUUAUUCCUUCAUGGAUAGGUGAAAGCCGAUCUUCAUUGAAAAUACUCAGUGUUCACUCCAAUAAAUUUGAAGGAAUUUGGGACUAUAACGUUGGUUCUUAUGUGAUUGAAAAAAAGGGCUAUGGUGAGAAUGUUUUGCUUUAUGUCAAGGGAAUAGAGCUUGAAUACACUAGUACACUUCGAUUUGUCUAUUCAAUUGACCUUUCAGGAAACAACUUUAUUGGAGAAAUUCCAAAGGAGCUGAUGAAUCUUUUAGGCCUACAAAUCUUGAAUUUGUCUAGAAAAAAAUUAGAUGGGCAUAUCCCUUGGAACAUUAGCGAGUUAAAAUCACUAGAAUCACUUGACUUGUCUAGCAAUGAUCUUUCUGGCUUUAUUCCAUCCAGCAUUUCUGAUUUGAACUUUUUAAGUCACUUGAAUUUAUCAUUCAAUCACUUAUCUGGACGAAUUCAUUUGGGAAACCAACUUCAGACUUUGGAUGACAAAUCCAUCUACAUUGGCAACAAUGGACUUUGUGGAUUUCCAUUGAAUAAUUGUUCAGAGGAUGUGGAUGAAUGGCCUAAAGGCCAUGAAAAAGUUGAGAAUAUGAGGAAAGAUGACUCUAUGAUGCUUUGGUUCUAUAGUGGUUUGGCAAUGGGCUUUGUGGCUGGAUUUGUUGGAGUUUGUAGCAUUUUGUACUUCAAAGACUCAUGGAGGUAUGCUUGUUUUCAGUUAGUUGACAGAGUCUACGACAAGCUUUGGGUAACAGUAGCAAUUAAGGCAAAUCAACUGAAGGGAAAGCUUCACAGAAACAAAUAUGAAGGGAAUGCACGAGAAGGAUUCAAGGUUGCUAGAGACAGCAGCAGAUGUUGAGCAAAAUUUAAAUAAAGCACCACUCAAGGUUGGAUGAAUGAAAAGCUGAUGAUAUGAAUUUCUUGAUGAUUUUCUUUGAAGGUUAUAAUAUUUUAUUAUUUUAGUCUAAUUAUUUCCAGAAUUAGAUAGUCUCCUUCUACUCUAAGGCGUGAAAUGUUGUGGGUUGUGUAAUAAGGUUAUAUUUCGUAAGACAUAAUAAAAGAUGAUACUUAUUAUAUAA